UAUUUGAAAAAUUUAUCACAAUUAACUUCAAGGUAAAUAGAACUAUAAUUAUUGAUACGCGUUUAAUAUUUUCUACCAAGUACGUAACUACUUGGAUAUGUUUAUGUACGUAUAAGCAGUGAUACGUACACAGAAGAUAUUAAGCGCCCUCGAGUGACCAUAUGUACAGACGUACUGACGUUUCGUUAUUUCGUAAAAACGUCAUUGUGUGUAGUGUGUGCUCGCGUUAAGAACAUUGAUAAACUUUUAUCAAGAAAUCUAACAGUAAAUAUAUGAAAAAAUAGUCCCAUUCGAGGAAGAAAGCGAACGAUUUGGUAUAGAACAAUCGUUCGUUUGAGUAAUUGGAAACAGCGUAUAUCAUCCAUCAGUCAGAGAGUUUAUCACGACCGUGAUAGACUGAAUAUAUGCUAUAUUCGCCACGUAUAUAGGUACGUGUGUACAAGAUCAUACCAUAUAAUUCUUCAAUAUUUUGGUCGAUGGUUUCUAGAUAUUUCAUUGACAUGGAGGUAAAUUGAACAUUGUUUUCAAGCGAAUUUUAACAAAGUAAAUAUAAUAACAUCGGAAAGUUUCGGAAGACAGUCAACAAAUGACCUUGAAUCAUGCUUCAAGCGAUUAUUGCACCUUGUAACGCGAUAUGUCAGACAGUCGUGUUUAUAGAUUAAUUUCUUUCCUUGUUCCAUUCGCGGUAACCAAUUGACACAAGAUUUUUUGGAUUAUUGGAUUUUCUACAUAUGUUUCGUGGAAGAGAUGAAUAAAUUAUGAAUAAUAAGAAACUGUUUAUGCAUUAGUGUUUAUUUGUCAGAUUUUAUCUCAAGUGAGCCUGAUAAUUAAUGCAGAACCACUUUCUUUCCUUUCCACAUUUUGUUUGCGUAAUAAAAACGAACAAAGAUGAGCUGCGUUCGUUGCUGCUUAACCAAUGCCAGCCGCAUUGCAUCUUCAAAUCAUGUGGCAAAUCAUGUUCACAAAAUCGUAAGAGUAGCUGUGAUUAGAUCGUUGACAGUUGGUACCGCUUUGGGAAAAGCACCCUCCGAACCUACUCCACCUGGUAAAGAUACUAAUAGUAGCGCGUCAUCCGCUGGAAAUGGCGGUGGGAAGAAAAAUACUCUUACAUGUCCAAAAUGUGGUGAUCCUUGUACACACGUAGAAACUUUUGUGUCAUCAACAAGGUUUGUCAAGUGCGAGAAAUGUCAUCACUUUUUUGUCGUUCUAUCGGAGGUAGAUUCAAAAAGAAGCCUUAAAGAAGCUUUAAGACCAGAUGAUACAAAACAAGGAUUUUAUAGAAAACCACCGCCACCACCAAAGAAGAUUUUUGAGUACCUAAACAAACAUGUUGUAGGUCAAGAAUAUGCUAAAAAAGUUUUGAGCGUCGCUGUUUAUAAUCACUACAAACGAAUCUAUAAUAACUUUCCAGUGCAGAAUUCAAUGCAAGGUUCUAUUAAUGCAAGUGGUACACAAGAUUUGAAUCAUCCCUUCACUCAUAGAGACUUACUACAUAUUUCAACUAUUGGAAAUUCGCUCGGCGUUGGAUUCCAGCAAUAUCCUGCAGGAAACGAGUAUAAAUCAACAGAAAAUCAAUCAGUCUCUGGAUCUGAUAUUCUUGAUAGUAAACAACAUCAAUUGAAAUUAGAGAAAAGUAACAUCUUGUUACUCGGCCCAACUGGUAGCGGGAAAACGUUGCUCGCUCAAACAAUAGCUCAAUGUCUCGAUGUACCUUUUGCUAUUUGUGAUUGCACGACGCUGACACAAGCAGGGUACGUUGGUGAAGAUAUAGAAAGCGUUAUCGCAAAAUUGCUUCAGGAUGCAAAUUACGUAGUGGACAGAGCGCAAAUGGGUAUCGUAUUCUUAGACGAAGUUGAUAAAAUUGGCGCUGUUCCCGGCAUACAUCAACUGCGAGACGUUGGCGGAGAAGGUGUACAGCAGGGAAUGUUAAAAAUGUUAGAGGGUACGAUUGUGAACGUACCGGAAAGAAAUAGCUCUAGAAAAUUACGCGGAGAUACAUUACAAAUCGAUACUACAAAUAUUUUAUUUGUUGCCUCCGGCGCGUACAAUGGAUUAGAUAGAUUGAUUUUGCGACGUAAAACCGAAAAGUAUCUUGGAUUUGGUGCAUCGCCGUCUUCUGAGAGUCCAGGAAGAAGAGCUGCGAAUUUAGCAGACGUUGCGAACAUGUCACCGUCUACGGAAAGAGAUAACAAAGAGAAGGAUUUGCUGUUACAACAAGUCGAAGCAAGAGAUUUAAUUGAUUUUGGUAUGAUUCCUGAAUUUGUUGGCAGAUUUCCAGUCUUGGUACCGUUUCACACACUCGACAGAGAUAUGCUUGUUAGAAUACUGACCGAACCUCAAAAUGCCAUGGUGCCUCAAUAUCAAAUGUUAUUCUCAAUGGACAAGGUAGAAUUGACGUUCACCACGGAGGCUUUAAACGCGAUAGCGUUGUUAGCAAUGGAGAAGAAAACUGGCGCAAGAGGGCUGCGAGCUAUCAUGGAAUCACUGCUUCUGGAGCCCAUGUUCGAAGUGCCAGGUAGCGAUGUAAUGUCAGUCCACGUAACUGAAGGAUGUGUACGAGGACAAGAAAAACCACAGUACAUCAGAAGAGGUGAUGUCACCGAGGAGGAAUUACACGCUCAGCAUAUACACAAUUAACAUAUAAUUUAUACUAAGAACCUACCACACAUCUGAUCGAUUUCUUGAAAAAAUUGUUCAAAACUAUAUCUUACGAUAAUAGCUUUCGAUCUAACACAAAUUUGUGAAUAAUAUGUGUUCAUUAUAAUCUAUGUUUUUUUAACAAAACAAAAUUACACUACAUCGAUAACAUUAAGGAGAAGAAAGAACGAAAUGCAAAUAACACUAGGAGACCGUGCAAUUAUAAUUAUUCUGUAUUAAUUAGUAUCGCAUGCAAUACGGAUGCAGAUAAAACAAAUCGAUUGUGGUAUGCAAUUUACUUUGUGUUCAAGCAAUUCGUGACAAUAUCAACAAGUUUGUUAUUGAAUUGUUUCUAGAUACACGCGCGUGUGUACACACGCCUACAUACAAAUUUUCACUUAUAAAAGUGAACGGAAAUUUUAUCGUGAUUUUAGUAGAUUGAGAUCAUAUAAAUUAAAAGCAAAAGAUACUCGGACUGCUACUACUAUGCAAAAAUAAAUUUAACGUGUAAUAUUUUAGCGUUUUACAAUUAUAAUAUCUAAGUUUCUGUUCUACAUACUAUUGUAACAGAUAGAAAACGCAAUUAGUGGGUAUAACAUCUGUUAAUAUUUAGGUAUUGUACAAUAUCGUGUAAUAUAUACAAUGUAAAUGAUUCACGCAUAUAUUACAUUAUAGUUACUAAAAUAUGCAAAACAAUUACAACUAUACGAUCAAGAUUACACGAAGCUAGUACAAAUUCAUCAUAUAUUGUUACACAUGUAUAAAUACACAUCUUGUUGGAACUGAAAAAUUGUAUGAAAUAGUCUCGACUCUCUUUCAUUUUGAGAUUAUUUUUAAAUAAUUAAAACACCUUGAACAAGAAUUUAGGAAACAGGUUUUUUAUGAAAUAUUAAAUCAUAUUAAACAAACUAUGUUUAAGUUUUAAAGUUGAGAGUAGAUAAUAUUAUAUAUAUAUAGAGAGAGAGAGAUUAUCAAUUUUGAUAACGUAUCAAAUAAAAUGGGAAAGAAAUUAAGAUUUCUGAAACAGUAUGUACUUUCUGAAGAUUUAGAAUUAUUAAGCAUUAGUUAGCGAUAGAUAUAUAUUCUCGUCGAUUGUUUCAUUUUAUUUUACGUAUAUGAAAACUAGGUGUAAAUGAAAGGCUGUGUAAUAUAUGAUGCAAGUUAAAAAAAAAAAAGAUUGUACACAUAUAAAGUUGUAAACAAAUGUUGAAAGUAAAUGCUGGUGUGAUAUUA